CACUCAGUUAUCGAGGUUAUACUUCUGGUUAUAUCUGACCUCUGAAUAACCGAGCUGAGUGCAAUCUAGCCAUCAUAGAGUUCAACUUCUAACAAGUAGAACGUGCGAGAACGACCAAUUUCUAUAACAGAAGCUGUGUAGAAUACUUACUAGAACAAGGGAUGAACAGCGUAAUGCAUCUUUUUUUCAAACCAGCUUGUUGACUCUACUUUUAUGUCCAUUUUACAGGCCUCCGGUGCAUAUAUUUUCCGACCUGCAUCUCCAAUAGAGAUCCCGGUCGAUAUGAAUUCCUCAAACGGCUAUCCGCGCAUCUCGGUGGUUCGCGGCCCCCUGUUCGAGGAGGUACGCCAGGAGCUCUCAUCGUGGGCGUCGAUCGUGAUCCGAGUCCCAUCGGACGGCCAGGAUGCGCAGCUGCGGUACACGGUGGGCCCCAUUCCGUCGGACAUUUCCGGCGGGCAAGAGGUGGUGCUCCGACUGGAGGCGGACGUCCGGAACGGCGGAACGUUCUACACGGACAGCAACGGAAGGGAUCUCAUCAAGCGGGUGGUCAAUUAUCGGCCGUCUUGGGACCUCAUAGUCACAGAUCCGGUCGCAGGAAACUACUACCCGGUAAACGCCGCAAUUUUGAUCCGCGACUCUGAGAAACAACUCACGGUCCUUACGGACCGGUCCUUGGGCGGUACCAGCCUCCGGGAGGGGCAUAUUGAUCUGAUGUUGCACAGGCGCUUGGUCGUCGACGACGGACGCGGAGUUGACGAGGCGCUCAACGAACAGCAGUUCGGCCAAGGGAUGGUGACACGUGGCACCUUUCGAUUGGGCGUCCACGACGUGAAUGUGGCUGCCAGUUGGUUGCGAGGGGCGGCUCUUCGGCAUUACCAACCUCUGGAGCUCGCUUUUGCAACGCAGAUUGGCGGCCGGUCUGCAUGGCUCAAGUCGCGCCGGGGGGGUGCGUCAGGCCUGCCAAACGGCGCGCAAUUACCCCCCAACGUGGCGCUUGUCACGUUACAGCAGCUCGCGAGCGGGGCGGUCCUCCUGAGAUUGGGACAUCUUUUUGAGGUGGAUGAAGACCCCGUGUUGUCGCGGCUCGCUAAUGUAGAUUUGCGCACGCUUUUUGCCAAGAAGAUAAAGGCAGUCACAGAGAUGACAUUGUCCGGCAACCAGGCGAGAUCCAACGUGCAGAAACUAGUGUGGCGGGUGGAAAACGAGCCGUUUUCGGAAGCGCCGAAAUUAAGGGGGUCCCCCUUCGGUCGCGGAAGCUUCUUAGUAGAGCUUGGUCCGAUGGAGAUCCGCACUUUUGAGAUUAUCUUUGGAAACGAUGGACCGUCCGUCCAUCUGUCUUGGGGGCUUUAUGCAGGGUUCGGGAUAGUGCUAUUAGUAGGUGGGCUGAUUAUGCACGCAGCUUAUAGUUGGUGGCGCGGACGGCAUAAGCGGCUGCCCGGCUAUCAUACGCUUUCGCAGCAGUCGAGGGCUGCCGACGCGGACGACCGACGAGUUGGAACAGAAGCCGAGAUGAUUGAGGUAGACUCCCGAAGUCCGUAAGGGUUGCCAAUACUAUCCUGGUCACCCCUCCAUUAAGUUAUUGAAAGCGUCGUUGCUGGGGGAUGACAUCCGACAUCAAGGAUUACCAGCCUUUCUCAAGCCGAGGUGACCAACUCACUGACCGUGUCUUUGUGCAAGUUUGUACCGUCGUCGAAGAGAUAACGCAGAAUUAACGACGGCGGCCCAAGUCCGGUCAGUUUAACGGGCCGCGCUCUGACGGUCGCAACGUUACAGCAUAUC